GAGACAGCUACGCUAUGAUGAUGAUGAUGAAGAGCAUGAUGCUGGUGAAACCAGCGGAAAUCCUGUCAGAUGUGAAAGCAGACAAAACUAUAGUUUCGCAGUUGACAACAAGAAGACUAGAGUUCCAGCAAAAAAAUACAAGAAGACUAGUGGCUUCUUAUACAACUGAUGUUGCUCCUCCUCCUCCUCCUCCCCAAUCAUCCGCUCUCCGCCGCAGUGUUUCGAAGAGAACAAAAACACUGGGCAACCCCUGCCUUGAUCUCUAUUUUCGCGUCUUACCAAACACCCGAGCCCCCUACAAAUAUCUCGACCAACUGCUGCCGCUGGCCUGGUCCCACGACUCCCUAACCACCCUCAAGCUCAUCUGCAACCUCCGAGACGAUUAUGAUCUCGGAAAAUCCUAUUUACAAGCGUUUUACAGGGCGGCGCUUUGGCUCCAUCACAACCACCCCAAGACUUUAGCCUGCAACGCCGACACUAUCGUCUCCGAGUUUUCCGAGUCUGUCGGGACUAUGAAUGACCUCGUCGAGAUUCUCUACCGCCUCAGUAAGAAAGACAAAAAUAAUACCAUUGCCAUGGCCAACGGCAACACGGAUUAUCGGUUCCUACACGACUGGGUUUCGGAUAUAUUUGCGGACUACUUGAGGGAAGAUAUUCAAAACUUGGAGAAGCAGCAGGAGGAGAUACUAAGCUCAGCUGCCUUCUUUUGCCCUCCCGUCGGCUCCUCCCUCGACCGUGCCACGCUGCUGUGUGAAAGCAUUGCGAGGAAGGUUUUUCCGAUAGAAUCCCAAGGGCUUCAGUAGGCACACUACGCGGACAGAGUCCGAGAUCGGCUGAGUAAGGAGGUGCUGGUGCCCUUGGCAGAGUUCUUGAGUUCUGAGGGCUCUCAAGGAAGGGGCUGCCCAAUUAAAAAGUAUUAGGAGGACUUGAAAGCCUCCAAGAUUGAGCUUGAGGCCGAGGCUCUGCUUCCACAUGAGAUCAUAGGCUAUGCGAAUGAUGGGGAUGUCGGACAAGCGGCUGAGCUUCAGUGGAAGGCAAUGGUGGAGGAGGUCUACUUAAAGCAGGGCAAGUUCAGCAACUGCUUGGUUGCGUGUAACGUCUCGAGUGGACUCUUCAAGAAUGUGUCUGUGGCUUUGGCUGUGCUGGUGUCUCAACUGGGUGAAGAGCCAUGGAAAGGAAAGGUGAUCAAUUUCAGUCCAGAGCCUGAGCUGCAUAAUUUGGGGGAUGACAUUGACAAUGAUGCUCUCAUGUCCAAGUGCGCCUCUGUGGGGAGGAUGGUCUGCGGCAGGGAAAUUGAUUUUCGCAAAGUGUUUGAUAUGAUUCUCCAAGUGGCUGUGGAUGGGAAUUUGAGGCCGGAUCAGAUGGUCAAGAAGGUAUUUGUGCUCACCCGUCACGAAAACUUUGAUUGGGCUGGUGGUAGUUGCUGGGAGUCGGAUUAUGAGGCAAUACAAAGCAAUUUUAAGGAGAAAGGGUACGGUGAUGCAGUGCCACAGAUUGUGUUUUGGCAGCUAGACCACUACGACAGGGUGCCCGUGCCUUGUCGUAGGCGACCAGGGGUGGCCACGCUCGGUGGCUUCUCCAGUAAUUUGUUCAAGUCCUUCUUGGAUAAAGAUGGGGAAGUUGGCCCGCACCAUGUCAUGGAAGCAGCCAUCUCUGGCCCACAGUAUCAAAAUCUGGCUGUAGUGGACUGAGAGACUCGUUUGUCUCUCGAUCUAAACUGGUGGUGUGAUUGAUCAGACAUUAUUAUAAAUAAUGUUAAUCUUUAAAUAUCAAUCCUUUAUGAAUUUGUUUAGUUAAUUCACAUUCACUAGUAGCGAGCUGCGUUUGUGAUUAUAUCUUAUCCUUGUUAUUGGGUUGAGUUGAUUUUUCCACGACCUGGUAAGUUGGUUCCUUUGCAUUUAGAAAUUGGUUCGUGUAUCAACCUGACUUCUAUUACAAAUUAACUCCAUUUUAAUUAUAUUUGACUUUACAAGUGCUCCUUAAAAUUUCAUAUAGCCUUUUGACGUUCAUUCAUAGUCCAUAUAGUUAACAGAUGGGGGAAGCUGGCAACUCAGAAACAUGGUUAAGCCAUUCUAUCAGUUAUCAGUCAGUCGAAGACGUGAAGGUUGAAUUGGAUCCACAAUCCUAGUGGAUUAUCAGUCUUUUGAGUUAUGAUACUCAAAAGAUGUUCUGGAAGGAUCCUCGAGUUUUGUUCUUCUCUGUUCACAGGUCAUUGGGAGGAGGCUCUAUAAUAGAUUGUUUUUGCUGAGUAUCUAGUCUACUGUGGUUAUGUCUUAAAAGUUGGUGAUGUUAUGCUGAAGAAACAUGCAGAAGCUGGAGUAGCAAUUAGUGAUUACCGCUUCCUGAAACCUGAAUUCAGCUCAAAGCAUCACCAAGAACAAUAGCGACAUCUCAUUUGAUGCUGAGGAACUCCUACAAAUUGGGACAAGAUGUAAAGAG